GCCCGAUGCUCUCCGGCCUAUUUCUUUCUCGCUUUCCCCUUCUUCGGUCCCCAGUCCCUUUUCUUUCUUCACACCUUUUCGCAAAGCAUCCUUCCCUUCGCGAGUUGUGUCGCGACUUGGAUUGAUCACAGUUGACCCCUUGACAAACACCCUGGUCAGGCCAACACCAGACCGCCAACAUGUCUGACAGUCUCGAUUCGCUGCCCUACGUCCCGCUCGAGGUCUACAAUGGCACCUCCAUGACCGGCGGUGACUCUCUCACCCAGAACCUCAAUGUCUACUACAAUGCCGGUGACAUUGCCUGGAUGAUCACUUCGACCGCCCUGGUCUUGCUCAUGAUUCCCGGUGUCGGUUUCUUCUACUCUGGUCUCGCCCGACGCAAGUCUGCCCUCUCGCUUAUCUGGCUCUCCAUCGCAGCCACGGCCUUGAUCUCCUUCCAAUGGUUCUUUUGGGGUUAUACCCUUGCAUUCUCUCACACUGCGGGUAAAUUCCUCGGUGACAUGGAAAAUUUUGGCUUCCGCAACGUCCUUGGUGCACCGUCGGUCGGGUCGAGCAAAAUCCCCGAUCUGUUGUUCGCUGUGUACCAGGGCAUGUUCGCUGCCAUCACAGUUGCUUUGGCCAUUGGAGCUGCAGCUGAGCGUGGUCGACUGGCGCCCGCCAUGGUCUUCUCUUUCGUUUGGUCCACCGUGGUCUAUGACCCCAUUGCCUGCUGGACAUGGAACGGUGCAGGCUGGGUUUUCAAGAUGGGCGGUCUCGAUUUCGCUGGUGGUACACCCGUGCACAUUUCCUCCGGUGCUGCUGCCCUCGCUUAUUCCCUGAUGCUCGGAAAGCGUCGAGGCCACGGAACCCACGAGCUCAACUAUCGCCCCCACAAUGUUACCCAAAUCGUCAUCGGAACUGUGUUCCUGUGGGUCGGAUGGUUCGGCUUCAACGCUGGUUCAGCGUUAUCCGCUAACCUUCGCGCUGUGAUGGCUGCCGUUGUCACCAACCUUGCUGCUAGUGUCGGUGGUCUCACCUGGUGUAUUCUCGAUUAUCGCCUGGAACGCAAGUGGUCGACUGUUGGCUUCUGCAGUGGUGUCAUUGCCGGUUUGGUCGCCAUCACCCCCGGCAGUGGUUUCGUCCCAGCUUGGGCUUCCGUCAUCUUCGGUGUGGUCGGAGCCGUCGCAUGCAACUAUGGCACCAAACUCAAGUUCCUUCUCCACAUUGAUGAUGCCCUCGAUAUCUUCGCCAUCCACGGUAUUGGUGGUCUUGUCGGAGAUCUCCUCACCGGUCUGUUCGCUGCCGACUACAUUGCAGCUCUUGACGGUGCUACCGUGAUCGAAGGUGGCUGGAUCAACCACCACUACAUCCAGCUCGCCUACCAACUGUGUGACGGUGUCACUGGUAUGGCGUACUCCUUUGUUCUCAGCUGCGUCAUCCUCUUUGUGAUCAACCUGAUCCCAGGUCUCCAACUCCGUGCUACGGAGCAGGAAGAGAUCAUGGGUAUGGACGAGAUCGAAGUCGGUGAAUUCGCCUACGACUACGUCGAGGUGGCUCGAGAUGUUGUCCAUGGUGUCGAGCACGAAGCCGUUCCCGCCCACAGAGACAGCCCCAGCUCGGAUGGUGAUAUCAACGAGGAAAAGCCAGCUCAACCUGUCCCAACAACCACAGCUCCUACGAGCCCAUAAAACGCCGCGUUGUUUUGUACAGCAUAAGUCAUAGAGGCGCAAUGUUUGGCGCCAGAAGGGGACUGAUCAUAAUAUCCUACCUACACCUGUUGCUGUGUCUGUUUGUUCGUGUUGAAGAAGCUAGAUUGCAAAGACGAAUUGAAAUUUAGAUACCCUGAAUAUUAAGAAGAAAAAUAUGGUUUGCAUCAUCUUA